AUGUUAAGACACGUAGCUCAAAAAUACACACAACAAUACGUCCCAAUUAGAUCCUUAGUUCAAAACACGAAUGGCACCGAAAGUUUACAAUUCAUUAAAGGCACCGAAGACAAUCAACUUCUUAAACUUGGUGGAUUGAUGUUGACAGCUAUUAUUAUGACCGGAGGAGGCGCGAUUUGA